AUUAAUUUUAAAACAAUUCGAAUUCUUUACGAUUAUCUCGCAUUUUUUUAAAUAUCUUUUUAUUUUUGUGUAUUGCUUCUUAAGUGAAAUACACUGUAAAUAAAAACAUAGAAAUGUCAAUUCUUCCAACGACGUCACAGCAAGGCCUUUACGGGGGAUACAUUUAAAAUAACAGCGUUUAUAGGGGCUUGGAUAACCUUAUACAAUAUGUUUACUCAACGGAUCUUGACCUAGAAACAAUUCGGUUUAGCCGCACGUCUCUCAAAACAGCUAAACCCGAAUGAUUCUUGACAUUGCGCAAGCGCAAUGUCAAUAUAAUUCUAAACAUAACCUAAAAAGCACGAAAAAAUGGAAAAUUUACAAAAUAAUUUAGAAGAAUCGGCUUUAAAACGAAAAGAGAGAUUAAAAAAUUUAAAAAGAAAGAAGGAAAAUGAUGUUGAGAACCCAGAAAAUAAGAAUUUAGAGGAAUUACCCAAGCCUAAAUUUCGGAGUUACAACCCAAACGCGGAGGAAUUGGUUGAAAAUAAAGUUGCAGAACCUAAAUUGAUUAAUAUAAAGGACGAAAUACAAGAUCAAUUAGAUGCGGCUAAAUCAAAAGUGGUUUUAGAAGAACUCGACAUAACUACAUUAGCUCCUAGAAAACCCGAUUGGGAUUUAAAAAGGGACGUUUCAAAAAAACUCGAAAAAUUAGAAAGAAGAACAAGAAAAGCUAUCGCUGAAAUAAUCAGGGAACGAUUAAAAGAAAAACAAGCUGAUUUAGCAUCGAUCGUAAAUACAGCAACAGAUUCACCAAACAACACUUAUACAUAGAUAAAAACGUGUAUUUAUAGAAAAAAAAUUACAAUUUAUAUUUGCUAACAUUCUUUUUUUGAAUAAAUACCUCAACGAAA